UGCUUCAUUAUGACAAUUUUUAAGAUUUUCAGUCAAAAUUUUUCUUAUCAAGUUAUGAGGUAUUAAUCUAAAAAAUGCCUUGAUAAGACGCGAACAAGCCUAUAGGAUAACUGCAACAUUAAUAAUGAGACGAUAAACGCCGACAGAUAUAUCUAUAGAAGCCAAACAAUGGGAGGUUAUGUGCCCCUUUCUUUAAUUGGAGCCAUACUUCUAAAAAUGAUUCUAAAAGUCUGGGCCUAUUCGGGAUUGGUUUUGGUGUUUUGUUUUUUACUAUAUUACAUGUAUGGCGGAGUAUUCGCAAUACUAUUGUUAGUUUUUGCAGUAACAGGUAUUUUAUAUCAGGUUCAAGAUAAUUUACUAUACUCACCUGAAUUACCUAGUCAUUCUCGGGUUUACAUACCAAUACCCUCAAUGUUUGGCCUUCCAUUUGAAAGUAUAAACCACAAGUGUCCCGAUGGCACUACUAUUCACAUGUACUUUAUUCAUCAGCCUAAAGAAAGACAACGAUUGGCGCCUACGAUAGUAUUUUUCCAUGGCAAUGCUGGAAAUAUGGGGCACCGACUACAAAAUUGUGUGGGGCUUUAUCAUAACUUGCAUUGUAACAUUCUGCUGGUGGAAUACCGAGGUUAUGGAUUAUCUGAGGGCAGCCCGACUGAGGAAGGACUGUAUUUGGAUGCAAGGGCCAGCAUAGAUUACUUAUUUAGUCGUAAUGACAUAAACCAUUCCGAGGUGGCUGUGUUCGGCAGAUCUUUAGGUGGGGCAGUAGCUAUCGAUUUGGCAGUACGAGAUAAUUAUGAGAACCGCAUCUGGUGCCUAAUUGUAGAAAACACAUUCACUAGCAUACCUGAAAUGGCUAGGAUACUAUUGGGAUGGAGAAUUUUACAGUAUUUGCCCUUUUUUUUUUACAAAAAUAAGUUUAUGUCUGAUUACAAAAUUAAACGGCUUCGAGUACCAACAUUGUUCAUAUCUGGUUUGGCCGAUACCCUUGUUCCGCCAAAAAUGAUGCACGAUCUUUUCAGUCGGUGUAACAGCCUUCGGAAACAACUUUUUCAGGUACCAACAGGAACGCACAACGAAACGUGGCAAAUGCCUGGUUAUUAUCACACUGUAGCGUUGUUUUUGCAAAAUUGCCGAAUAAAAACUUUGAUGAGGCAAGCCAAAAUUGAAAUAAAUUCAGAUUCUGAAGGAAAAUCGUCUGACAGUCAGAGUCUGUGGAAUGCCGUUCAAGAAAUUUGAAAAAACAAUAAGCGAGGACUUUAGUGAAUUUUUAGGUUUGUUAGAUCACUUUGCGUUAAGUGGACUAUGCCCACUUUGGCCGCCUGCUUUGCAACUUUGCAACCCACCUGUAGAAUAAUUUGUCCUUGUACAUAUAGCUUUACUUAUCUGUGGAAUGGCCUAAAUAAAUUUCAUAUCUUUUUGAAUAA